AUGUCGGUGAAUUACGAUGACAUCGUCGAAAAAAUCACUGCGUCGACACUGACGACCGAAAAUUGGGACGGGAUUCUUGGACUUUGUGAUAAGGUAUUUCAGUAAGAUUUUUUUAAAAAGCUUUUGAUUAAUUUGCAAUUCAAUUUUUUUCAACCUGUUAGAAAAUCGGUUUGCAAAAAUUUCAGAGAGUUACAAUUUGAUAAGAGAAAUGAAUGAUCAUCAAGCUUUUUUAUUUUUUUUUUCAGGUCAACGCAGAUUCUGACAACGGCAAGGCUGCUCUGAAAAGUCUAAGAAAGAGGUUCUUUUUAACUAUGAUUGAUAUUUUGAAAAAAAGUUCCACUAAAUAAUUGAAAUUUUUGAGGCUGUUUUACUUUUUUUCAAGAGUUAAGAUCUAGCCGUGUACUUUUUUUGGUGAAAAAUUGCUUUUCGAAUAAUAUUGGAACCUAUUAUUUUUCUUUUUACUUGGUGUCUUUGAAACUCUCGUUUUUCGUUGCUUUUCAAGAUAAAAAAGCCUUUUGUUCUGAGGAAAUCUAAACUUGAUUGGUCAUAAGAAAAAAUCUUAUUUUCCACUCACCUCAGCUUUUAAGAACCUGGAUGUACAUGGAAAGACAUUAGACAACUUAAGAAAGCAACCAAUAUUCCAGUCGCCAUCCUGGAUAGAGCUGAAAGAAGAAUAAGUUUGGUUAUGAUAGUCGAAGUAGAAACAAUAAUUUACGAUUCAAAUACCGUGUUUAUCAUUCAAAAAGCUUUAAAGGCUGAAUAACCGCGACCCCCAUGUGAUUUUGAUGGCGCUGUCGGUACUCGAUUCGUGUUGGUCGAACUGCGGCGCCAAGUUCAGGCGAGAAGUUUCAUCCGCCUCUUUCAUCAACGAACUCAAAGCACAAUGCACCAGUGUAAUUUUUUUGUUCUAAUUCGUCGCUCCAAAAAUUGAACGAGUUUCUAUUCGAAAAUAAUCAACUUUCAGAGCCACAGAGUGGUCGGCGAGAAAGCGCGACAAAUUGUGGAGAAAUGGACAGAGGCCGAGUGCAAAGCUGACCAAUCUCUGUCCCUCAUAGUUUCUCUCUAUCGCUCCCUCAAAGAGGACGGCCUCUCGUUCAGCGCCGACGAGCCAAAAAAGCAGACGGCCAACGCCAUGGCCAAAUAUUCCAACGAUCCCAAUUUUGUCAGUUCCAUCCGUGCGGCUUUUCGAAACCACUGAUUUUCAGGUUUCGACGCAACAAGAAGAGGAUGAAAUUGCCAAAGCGAUCGCUGCGUCUCUUGCCGACGCCGAAAAACAGGAAAAGUCGAGAAAAUCUACCGGAAUCUACCCGACUUCUACUGUCAAAACUCCUAUUUUGACGUUAGUUGAGAAUCGUUUUAUUAGAAGACCGGUCGGCUCGAAAGAAAAUUCCAAAUCGGAUAUUUUAUGAUAACGAUUUUCCUAGAACAAGAUAAAACAGAACAAUUUUUUUAAACUAUUGUAUAAAAUUGAAUUUUUCUAAACUAUGCAAUAAGCGCAAGUUUUUUUGACGUUCAUCGAUAUUUUUCGAAACAAAAAGAAAAAAAUUUUCCUUCAAUACUUAUAAUAAGAGCGAUUACUUGUUCUUUAAAAAAACGGUCAAGUAAGAAAUCAUGCGCCAAAAUGGAAACGGUUAAUUGAAUAUAAACAUUUUUUUACAAUAGAUUUCUCGAUGCGGGGAAGUCUUUCAUAGAAAAUUAUUUGAAUUUGUCAGCUGUUGAAUCGUUAACUGAUUCUAUUAAUACAAACUCAACAGCCCAAAACAAGUUUAUGGUUUGGAUUUUAAAAAAUAUGGUUUUGGCUUUUUCAACAAAAAAGUGAAAUUUUUGAUGAUUUUUGAGUGGCUUUUAUUUGAAAUUUAAUUAUUUUAUUUAAUAUUUCUGUGUUCAAAGAGAAGUUUUCUAGCUCGACUCCAAAAUCAGAGCGGAAGGUCCGAGCUUUGUACGAUUUUGAAGCGGCCGAAGGGAAUGAGUUGUCUUUCGUCGCCGGGGACGUCAUUUGUAUCACUGACGAUAGGUUCGUUCCGUCCAGAUUUUUUUGAUGAGAGCCGAUUUUCUCAGCAAUCCUCAUUGGUGGACUGGUCGCAUCGGAGUGCAACAAGGACUUUUCCCCUCGAGUUUCGUCACGUCCUCCCUAGAUGACGAAGUUUUACUUUUUUCUUUCUUUCCUUGUCACUUUGAAAGCGAGUGAUUCUCAAAAAGUUUCAAAGCUCCUUCUCUCGGCAGAUCUGCCUCUGUAUUCUUUUUAAAAAAAGAUUUUUGAUGAAAUGAUCGAGUGAAAACACUCUUUUUAUAAGGUUAUUUCUUACGCGAGAGUACUACAUUGUUUUUGCAGCCAGAGUUUUCGCAAAACGCCUCCAGCCAACAACAACAGUCCAUCGUGCCGACUAUAAACGAGGCGAUCCUUGUGCGAUGUUUGAAUGUCCUCCACGAGUGCGACCCGACCGGUGUCCGUCCGGAUCCCGCAGAUCUUUCGCAGGUAGGCUCAGAACAGAUUUUUCGUUCAAAAAAGGUUGAAUCGCCCUGUAUCAGAUUGGGUUUUUGGGUUAUCAAUUUUCACAGUUGAGCCAAAACGUUAUCUUUUCAGCUUCAUAAUUUUCACAAUAACCUGAAACGGCUUACGUUCAACGUAAAAAAAGCGUAGCGGAGAAAAUGAAAUUUUGGUUGAAAAUAACUUGAAAAACGAGCCAAGUUCAGCGUGCAGUAUAUAAUUUUUUCUAAAAUUACUUAAUGCAUAGAUUAAGAUGUUUCGUAGUUUUUUUUUGUAUUUCAGUUAUGAAUUCUGAGAUUUUGAUUCUACGUACGCUUUUAAGGUAAUAUGGUAAUUCAAAAAAUUGUGAAAUGGGCGAACAGACACCGGUGAAGUUUUUUCCCUUUUGGAAUUUCUCGAAAUAUUGAAGCUGGAAGCGGCUUCUUACGCGCAAGCUCCACUGAUCGACGCUCGGCUUGCGGGGAUCGACCGACAAAGCAACGCUCUCGCACAGGUUGACAUCGCCAUUCGUGACGUGCUAGCUCUCUAUGACGAUGUCAUCCAACGUUCCGGAUAUCAACAGGUUUCAGAGCCGAAAGAAACUUUAUUGUAAAUGUAACUUUAGCCGCAAAUGUACCAACAUCAUUCUGUUGGACCACAGCAGCCGUACCCGCCUCAACAAUCAACGCAGCCGCAGUACAACUAUCCGCUUCAGGUAUUACUUUUGCCUUCCGGUCUUUUUUAGAAAUUAGAAUUAUUCAGUUACAGCGUUAGAAGAUUUUUCAAAUGUUGCGUGAAACGGACUAUUAAAUAUUUGAUUCGCUUUUUCCAGUUCUGGCGCUGGUAAAGCGUAUUUCUGACGCCUGUUUUUUCGUUUUUUCUUCACGGCGAGAGUUUUAAGUGACAAAAUCACACAAAGAAAAAUUUCAUGACGGCUUAGUAGUGCGGUGACUGGAUUUUUGGAUAGUGAAAUUCAAGUUUAGUGUUUUUUGUCUCCUAAAAACAGAGAAAAAAAAAUACGCCCGACUGUUCUCUCCAGAAAACUGGAAGUUUAAUUCAAAAUAAAUGAUAAUAUUGCACAAACAAGAAAAAAUUUUAACUUUUUUUUUCACUUCUAAUGAAAAUUUUUCUUUGUAGUACGCUCCGGGACAAACUCAGCAGACCGCUCCGUAUGCGCAACAGUAUUCGGCGGCGGCGAGUGUGGCGCCUGCCGUCGCGCCUCAAUCCUUCAACGCGCCGACGAGCGCCGCCUAUGGACCACCGCAGGCUUGGAACCAACAGCCGCCCGUUAAUCAACCUUAUUGA